GUCGUCAUCGUCGCCGCCGCCGACGCCGUCAAACCGCCGACAGAACGCAAUCGCCUGCACACCGCGGAGCAAGCACGCACGCAGUUGUACCAAAAAAGCACGAGCGCACGCCAUGAAUUUAUUCGCAUCGCUUGCACUGUCGGUCGCCGUUGCGGUGGCCGUCACGGACAUGGUGGUCAAUGGGCUGCCCGCACCCGGCAAAGCGGACGCGGCCAAGAUCCAAAAGAACAUGGCCAAGAACAAAGCCAAAAAGACUCAGGAGGUGCUCCAGUUCGGGAACCAACAGAACCGACAAGCGGACACCAGGAACUACGCAAGGGCCGAAAAAAGACAGGUACGCCUUGAUGAUCACGAACAUGAUCCCGAUCCGGUACCAGAAGUGAACAAUGCCCUUGAUCGUGGCAGUUAUCCCCAGUCGGCCAGGCAUGAAAAGAUUUCUGAACUUUUCCUCAACCCAGAUAAUUACGGUCUUCAAUCUUUGGAUGCGGACGAUCGCUACAAGAGAAACGCCUAUCAUUUCGGGUCUCCGGUCAAAAGGAGUGGUUCUAGAGUGUACCGUCCGUACGUGGACAGCGGACGUGCCAAACGCGACUUGGAUAUUGAUCCCGAAGACUGGCUGGCGUUGAUGACUCUCGUGGAAGCAGAGCGUAAACAAAAGGCUCACGAACAAUCCAGAGGUUCUAGACAGCAUUACGGACGUUUGAACGAGUACGAAACGGAACCGUACAUAGAGAACGAGUUACAAGAGGAAGACGACGAAGACGAUGUCCCCGAAGGAUGGUUAGAAGGCCCGGUCGUACCGGCUCCAUUGUACGUGUCACCGAAAGAUUUCUACAUAAACAACGGGUAUACACGCAAGCAGAGAGCUCAACAUGGAUCCAAAAACGAUUAUUUUCAGGGUCUGAACCAUUACCAAGAGGAGCCGCAGUAUUAUAGAUUGUCGGACUACUACCGCCAUUACAACUUCUAAACAUAAUAAUAAUAAUAAUUAAGCAAGUACAACGAUGCUGUUUCACCCAACUAGUAUCAUUUAUACUUUACCAUCGCUAAUUUAUACAUUAAAAUAAUAUUAUAUACUUGACGUUAAUACUAUA